UUCAGUUUAUAAAAUGGCCAUGUGUGAUCUUUGUUGAUAAACGAGGGGGAAGAAAGGGCGUCAAUUUCACUGCAAUGAUAUUAUUUUAUACAACUUUGCAGUCUUGAGAAUAAAGUAUUCAGUAUCCUCUUUCGUUCGCUUUCAAAAUGACCACAGGAGAGAUACCCAGCGCAGCAACCAAGGUCAUUCAAGUCACGAAUGUCGCCAAAACAGCCACAUACGAACAACUAAAGACAUUUUUUGAUUUUCUUGGAGAAAUUGAAGAAAUGAAAAUUUAUCCUACACAGGAUCUAACAUCAUUUGGUGCCCAGGUUGUGUAUGUUAAAUAUCAAGAUCCAUCCAGUGUCCUUGUUGCUCAGCAUUUGACAAACACUGUGUUCAUAGAUAAAGCACUCAUUGUUGUUCCAAUUGGAGAUGGAAUCAUCCCUGAGGAACAUCAAGCUUUGCAAGUGGUUGCACCAUCACCAGAUGUAAUGGGAAACUAUGCUGGUGGAUUGAUCAAUCAGUGCAUACCUGGUAUUGUUCAAGCAGUAGUUGGAACUGACCAACCAGUUGUCCGAAUGCAACUGACAUGCCCACAACCACCACCCCUUCCUGAUGUUGAACCAUUAAAACUGGAUGAAAUUAGGAGAACUGCUUAUGUGCAACAUUUACCAAAAGAUAUUAAUGCUGAACAGUUGAUGUCAUUUUUCUCAGCCUGUGGAGAUAUCCGAUAUGCUCGCAUUGUUGGUGAUGAUGAGGAAACAACAAGAUAUGCAUUUAUUGAAUUCCAAGAAGCCAGUUGUGUUGCAAGAGCUCUUCAGUACAAUGGAGCAAUGUUUGGUGGUGAACCUUUGAAGGUCAGUUUUGCCAAAACUAAUAUCUUUAAACCUGAGAAAGAGAUUGCUCGCAUGAAAAGUGGUAUGGAUAAAACUAUGAAGAAAGUUACUGAAGCUUCAAAGCUUGUCAGUGAAGAACUUGAUGAUGAUCCAAAAUCUCGGAGAAGUUCACGAAGUCGUUCACCAUCACGGAGACGAUCUCGUUCUCGUUCACCAUCAAGAUCUAGAAGACGACGUAGCAGAUCGAGAUCGGGUGAUCGUUAUGGAGCCAGACGUCGCCGUUCAUUGUCACGUGACAGAUACAAAAGACGUCGGAGUCCCAGCAGGUCCCGCUCUCCAUCACGACGAUCUCAGCGUUCUGAUUCCAAGUCUCGAAGACGGCGCAGAUCAACAAGUCGACCUCGUAGAUCACGAAGUCCUAGCAGGGACCGGAAACGUCGUCGUUCAUCAUCUCGUGGCCGGUCCAAAGAAAAGAGUCGACGUAAAUCACGUGAUCGUUCCGGAGAACGCACGCGUGACAGGUCACGUGACCGUGGAAAAGAUAAAUCAAAGUCUGAAAGCUCACGAAAAAAGAGUGAGAAAAAAGAUGAAGGGAAAUCGCCCGAGAAGAAGAAAGACAGCGAAGAGGAUAAAGGUCGUGAUAAGGAAAUGGAAGGAAAAGAGAAGGAAGAUCAGAAAGAAAAUGAAAACGAGAAGGAAAAGGAGGGUGUAAAUGAUGAUGGAGGAGAGAAAAAAGGAGAGAAAAAAGGAAGAGAGGGAGAGAAGGAAUUAGAAGAAGAAAAGAAAGACGAGGAAAUGGAAAAGGAUGCUGAUGACAGGGAAAAAGAAAAAGAUACAGAAAAGGAUCGGAUAAAAGGAAAAUCUCGGGAAAAAGAGAGAGGAAAGAAUCGUGAAAAGGAGAAAGAUCGUGAACGAGAAAAAGAUCGCGACAAAGAGAAAGAAAAGGUUCGUGACAGAGAAAAAGAUCGCAGCAGAGAUAAAGAUCGGGACAAAGAAAAAGAUAGGGAAAAGGAAAGGGACAGAGAGAAAGAUCGGGAUAGAGAGAAAGAUAGAGAGAAAGAAAAAGAUAGAGAUAAGGAAAGGGAUAGAGAAAAAGAUCGGGACAAAGAAAAAGUUAGAGAGAAAGAUCGGGACAAAGAGAAAGAUCGGGAUAGAGAGAAAGAUAGAGAGAAAGAUCGGGACAAAGAGAAAGAUCGAGAUAGAGAUAAGGAAAGGGAUAGAGAGUCAACUAGAAAGAGAAGAGAGAGAUCAAGAGAAAGAUCUCGUUCGCGAAGUAAAGGACGAGAGAGGAAGAGAACUAAGGAUAAAUCUCCAAGUAAAUCUCCAUCAAAGUCACCGAGAAGAUCGAGCUCGAGCCGGCACAAAAAGAAAAAAGAUAAGCGUGAUAAACGAGAUGAUAAUGAUGGUAAAAAACAUGCACGAGAAAGUGAUGGGGAAACGGAAGAACGCCCGAAAGCAAACCGAAGCGAUGAUUCGGAUGAGGAUCGGAAGAAAUCGCGCCGAAAACGUAGCGAUUACGAAUCUGAUGGUGACGAUGGCAAAAAAAGAAAACGACAUUAUAAGAAGAAGCCUAUCUCAGCUGACCAUUAUGAUAGUGCUAGUGACUAAGAUAUACUAGUAGCCCCAGACGAUAAUGAUAGCCUAGGUGUUGUUGUUAUGCAAAUGCUGAUUAUGGCUUUCAUCUAGAUACGUGUUUUUAUAUAUGGUGUUCAAACUUUCAAUUUUAGCGACGCAAUCAUGCUUCUGGUUGGAUAAAACACAUUUUGCAGCGCUUACAAAAGCCGCAUAUAUAAUGCAAUUCAGCAAACUCGAUAACUUUGGGUCUGGGAGAUGAUGAAUUAUUGCUUUUUCACUUCUGUAAACAGAUAUUUCGAUUUACAAAAAGACAAUGUAAAGGAAUUACAUUAGAAAACAUACUUCGCUUCAUAGGAAAUUUCGAAUUUUAAAGGAUUCCCUCGCGCGCUCAAAGUUCUGGUUUAAAAGCACAACCUUAAGGCCUAACAAAAAAUAAAGUGGAACUGCAAGAUCUACUGCUACGCUAAUAGACCACGCUCCCCUAAAAGAUAAACCCAUACAUAUGUGUAAUUGUAUAUUAAA